GGCAGGCAGGUUUUGAAUAGGCAAGAUGGCGGCUGCGGCAGUGGUUGAGUUUCAGAGGGCUCAGUCUCUCAUUAGCACGGAUCGUAACGCCUCUAUUGAUAUUCUUCAUUCUAUAGUGAGGAGAGAUGUGCAGGAGAAUGACGAGGAAGCCGUCAGGGUUAAAGAACAGAGCAUCCUGGAACUGGGGAAACUCCUGGCCAAAACGGGACAGGCAGCAGAACUGGGAGGGCUGCUGAAGUUUGUGCGGCCAUUCCUGAUCUCUAUCAGCAAGGCCAAGGCAGCCAGGCUGGUGCGCUCUCUGCUGGACCUUUUCUUGGACAUGGAGGCAGCCACGGGCCAAGAAGUGGAGCUUUGCCUGGAGUGCAUUGAGUGGGCCAAGGCUGAGAAGAGGACCUUCCUCCGACAGGCGCUGGAGUCUCGCCUGGUCUCCCUCUAUUAUGACACCAAAAGAUUCCAGGAGGCCUUGGCACUUGGUUCACAGCUGCUGCAGGAGCUGAAGAAGAUGGACGACAAAGCUCUGCUGGUGGAGGUGCAGCUGCUGGAGAGCAAGACGUACCAUGGUCUCAGCAACCUGCCCAAGGCUCGGGCUGCCCUCACGUCCGCCAGGACCACGGCCAACGCCAUCUACUGUCCCCCUAAGCUCCAGGCCGCCCUGGACAUGCAGUCAGGGAUCAUCCACGCGGCGGAGGAAAAGGACUGGAAGACAGCCUACUCCUACUUCUUCGAGGCCUUCGAGGGCUACGACUCCAUCGACAGCCCCAAAGCCAUCACCGCUCUCAAAUACAUGCUGCUGUGCAAGAUCAUGCUCAACACACCAGAGGAGGUGCAGUCUUUGAUCAGUGGGAAACUGGCCCUGCGGCACACCGGUCGACAGACGGAUGCACUGAAAUGUGUUGCGCUUGCCAGCAAAAACAGAUCAUUAGCAGACUUAGAAAAGGCACUUACAGAAUACAGAGCAGAGUUGAGGGACGACCCAAUCAUCAAAACCCACCUGGCCAAGCUCUAUGACAACCUGCUGGAGCAGAACCUUAUCCGUGUCAUCGAGCCUUUUUCCAGAGUACAGAUAGAACACAUAUCAGGCCUCAUCAAACUGUCAAAGGGGGAUGUUGAAAGAAAAUUGUCACAGAUGAUCCUGGAUACAAAGUUUCAUGGGAUCCUGGACCAAGGCGAGGGGGUUCUGAUCAUCUUCGAGGAGCCUCCUGUCGACAAGACGUACGAAGCGGCCCUGGAAACCAUUCAGAACAUGAGCAAAGUGGUGGACUCUCUCUACAACAAAGCAAAGAAACUAACAUAGGAAAAAAUGGUGACCACAGCAGCACAGUGGAGGAGGUGUGUGACCAGCGUGUUAUAUUUUAAAAGGGGACAAGGGAGAACAGCAAAAUAGUUCCUCAAACUGCAACAAAUGGGAGUCCCAGUUUCCCCAACGAAAGUUCCUGUCUCCCUAAACGGACAAUUGCAUCACUUCUUCUUUUCAUUUUGUCCAUUUUUCUUUUUGACGUUCAUUCAAGAUUCUGUAUAACUGUCAGCGGCCAGAACAGGCCAUCAGGGAAUAUUGUAAAACCACAAUAAAAGAUUGACAAGUAAAAGUAUACAUAUGUUUAUAUCUCGUAUAGAAUUGAUGGUGGGGGUUACAAAGUCUUGAGAUGACCAUUGCCACCCCUGAAGGUGCAAUACUGACCUCAAGGGCCCCGAUCUACACUUCUUACUUAGAAGGACGAGGCUUUUUGGUCAAGGCUUUCUUUGUUCUUGGCUCAUAUCUCUCAGAAGCACACUAAGUUGGUUGAAUCUUUAAACACCAGGAUGUCCCUGCCAGGCAAACUUGGGUGCAAGAGCUCCCUCUAGCUCUCGCAUGCGUGAUCAUCAUAUCGCUACCAAGUCGCUCUGUUUCCUCAGUUUCAGUCAUUCGGCUGUCAAAUUUUACCAUUGGCCUUUUUCUUUGUAACAAAAACCUAAAAUUCUGUCACUCCACUUUUUUUUUUGUCCCAUUAAGAUCAUGGAGCAGAAUGGGUGCCCUCAUACCGCCAGUGCCCCCUUUUGGUCCUCUGCUUUGCCUCAAUGUUUGGGAGCAAUAUAUUAUAAGGGUGGAGAUGUAUUCAUUGCCUCUGAGCUUCUAUGUCUUAUCCCAAGUAAGCAAAUUUCCAUUGUUAAUUCUUAGCUGAAGUAUGGUAUGCUGGUAACCAAACAAUUUGUAUGCUCCGAUUUUGUUGUUUUUGUUUUCAUUUAUAAGUCAUUUUUAAAAUAAAUAUUUUGUAUUUUAAGAAGUUUGUCUGCCUCUUGGAAAAAUAUCACAAAUUUGACCUGACAAAGUUGGAUGUGGUUGUGUACCAGUCUGUUGUGCUCCAGUGUUGGAAUACGUUGACCUGUGGGUUCCAUGUGUUGGAUAAGUGUUUUAAGAUGAUUGGACUGUGGUACAAAAGAGUAGAUUGACUUGCAGAGCCUUCAGAUAAAAUGUAUACCACGGUGGAGGAGGAAUGAGUGCCUGUAUUUACUUAUAAAGGAUGGAAAAGUCAAAGGGAAGAAACUUGUGCAAGUAUGAUCUAGAACUGCUGGAUUAGUAUCAACUCAAUGGGACUGACUGGUCGUGAGCAUUUGUUGAUGGUUUUGAAUACUGUAUGAAGUACUGAUGGAAUUUUGUGUUUUAGUUUCUACUGUUGGAAAAUGUUCCUGUGUGUUGGAAAACCUCAUCACAUAAAAGGGCAUUAAAUCAGAAUUUCAAUGACA